AUGAUUACCGAGUUACGUGUGUAUGUGCAUGCUUCUGUGAUUGUACGUGUGCACGUGUGUUCGGUGUGUAUAAAAGCAGAGGCAGCACCAUUGAGGAAGCCAGACAGAGAGACGGGCACCACGUCUUCCUCCCAGUCCCCACUGCUGCUGCUGCUACUGGUCUCAGAGACAGGCACCACGUCUUCCUCCCAGUCCCCACUGCUGCUGCUGCUACUGGUCUCAGAGACAGGCACCACGUCUUCCUCCCAGUCCCCACUGCUGCUGCUACUACUGGUCUCAGAGACAGGCACCAUGUCUUCCUCCCAGUCCCCACUGCUGCUGCUGCUACUGGUCUCAGAGACAGGCACCAUGUCUUCCUCCCAGUCCCCACUGCUGCUGCUGCUACUGGUCUCAGAGACAGGCACCACGUCUUCCUCCCAGUCCCCACUGCUGCUGCUACUACUGGUCUCAGAGACAGGCACCAUGUCUUCCUCCCAGUCCCCACUGCUGCUGCUGCUACUGGUCUCAGAGACAGGCACCAUGUCUUCCUCCCAGUCCCCACUGCUGCUGCUGCUACUGGUCUCAGAGACAGGCACCACGUCUUCCUCCCAGUCCCCACUGCUGCUGCUACUACUGGUCUCAGAGACAGGCACCAUGUCUUCCUCCCAGUCCCCACUGCUGCUACUGCUACUGGUCUCAGAGACAGGCACCACGUCUUCCUCCCAGUCCCCACUGCUGCUGCUACCACUGGUCUCCAGCUCCUGGGCCUCCUACUUCUACGGAGGAACCAUGACCUUCAACCCCAGAGGGACCAUGACCUUCAACCCCAGAGGGACCAUGACCUUCAACCCCAGAGGGACCAACCCAGACGGAACCUUCAGGCUCCUGCACUCUAAGGUACCAUGGUAACAGUUUGGGGGACCAAGCAGUCCAGCUGGUUCUAGAAGACUCUCCUCUGCAGCACAUAGAGACCUCUCCUACUCCAGCGGCUCCACAUCCCACAGGCGUCCUCACAACGACGUACUAAAGCAAGCUACCCCCACAGUUGGCUUUUAGAGUGGAUGCCAGUGUCUCCGACUGCAGGGAGGGAUGGUACCUGCCCAGGUUUCUGAAACCAACCCCCACCAAUGGAGAGUUCCUCAACGUCACAGAUGGCUAGCAGCUGGAGAUCAUCGUCCGGGCCAUUUUUUAUUCUGGGGCAGGAGUUAAUCUGAUUUUAGAACCGUGUCUAGGGACAACGUAAUCCUUCCCUGUGGUUCCAGGUGGAUCUGAAGGAGAUGGUCUACAUGGAGAUCACGUCCACGACUUCUGUCCCCAACACUGAGAUGUUUGUGGAGUCCUGCAAGGCCACGCCCUCAGACAAACCCCAACAACCCUGACCACUACAGCAUCAUCCAAAAUGGCUGCAAGGAGGAGGAAACGGUUCAGAUCUACUCAAGUCCCUCAUCCCAGUUCCAUUUUGCAAUGGAAGCUUUCAAGUUCAUUGGUGAGGCAUGACCAGGUGUACAUCAGCUGUGCGGUGAUCCUGUGUGAGGCGGGGAACCCCAACACCCGAUGUGCUCAGGGCUGCAUCCCCGGCAACACCACAUCAGCUCCGCAUCGCCACGGGAGAGAGGCCGUCCUGGAGACAGCCAAGCACUUCAUCUCCCAAGGGCCUUUGCGUCUGAGGAGGAGCGCUGACAGUGAAAGGAAAGGUCAUCCUGUCAAUGGUUUAAUCAGAUUUAGAUACAGUAUAUGGUCAUGGUCGCAAUACUUAAUCAAGUGGGUUAAAGUAUAUAGCCAACAACUGUAGAUCAUUUGUGUUGUAUUGUGUUAUAUUGAUUCAAAUCUCAUGUCAAUACCUUUCAAGUAUUUUGCAUUGAGGAAGAGAAUGGUAGAGUCUCUCUCCAGCUGCUGAUGUGUCUUUAAACUAGAACUUGGCGUUCAUCGCUGGAUGUCUUGUCGUGUCGCGUCGGCUGCUGGUGGUUAUUGCUGUCAAACAAAGAGUCCGCUUAGGCUGCACUUUGAUUAGAAGUUUUAUUCAUAUCACAAGUUUACAGCAUAAGGUUACAGACCCGCAGUGUCUGGAGAAGCACCGUCCCAAAAUAAUCUGAAUGCUUCUGACCCCCUCUUUGUCUAGC